UCAGUUAGUGAGUUCAAGUCAGACCAAGUAACAGGUCAGUUAGUUGAUCGUGGCGUACGGAAGCGUUCGGAAGUGCCAUUUAAAUUUACGCAAAUUGGCUUUAAUAACUAUUGAAACUUUAGAUAGAAUCUUGAAGAUUAUCCAGUGAAUUUGAAUUGAUUCGACUUUAAUUAUAAUUUCUCUAAAUAAAAUUUAAUUUUAUGAAAAUUUAUUCGAAAAUAUUGAGUGUCUUUUAUGUCUAUCCCUGAAUUUUGAUUAUAGUUGAUGUAAUGUUGAAAAAACUAAGAAUUUCGGUAAAAACUAAAAGUAAAAAGUGCCCUUAAAUAUGAACUUCCCACUCAGUUAGGAAGAUAAUUUUAAAAAAAUUUCAGUGAUUUGUGUAAAUUAUAAUAAUUUCAUAACACGUUCCAAUAAUUUUGGUUUUUCCACGUCUUCCAGACCAGAAAGUGAGAGUGCUUAGUGAUUUUCUCAUCUGAUUUGAAUUGAAUAUAUAAUACUUAGCUUCCUGAAUUAAAAACAGGAAACAGCAAAAAAGAUAAUUUUUUUCACAAGACAGUGUAUUUAAACUUAUAAAGGAGAAAAUAGUGAUUUAUCAAGUUUUUAGCUCUUGCUGUUAUUUGUGAUAAAGAAAGGCAAGAAAAAAGUAAAUCAUAAUGUUUGCGGUGAUGCGAAUUGAUAAUGACGAUUGUCGGUCCGAUUUUCGUCGUAAGAUGCGGCCAAAAUGUGAAUUUAUCUGCAAAUACUGCCAGAGAAGAUUCACAAAACCCUACAACUUGAUGAUUCACGAAAGGACUCACAAAAGUCCGGAAGUCACGUAUUCCUGUGAGGUUUGCGGAAAAUAUUUCAAGCGUCAAGAUAAUCUACGUCAGCACAGAUGUAGUCAGUGUGUUUGGCGAUAAACACACACACACAUUCAGAAAAAAUUAAAAAUAAAAUGAUGUUCACAUCUGAUCUCUGUCUAUGGUGAAGGUGGUGUUAAGUAAUGAUUAAAUUUAAUAUAAAUUUAAUUGUUGGAAGGAAAUCAUAAAAAAAUCAAUACAAUGUGUGAGGAGAAGUUAUACUGAAUGAUAACCUAUGAGAAAUCGAAACUAUCGUGAAUUAUCAUGACUUUUAUUUACAAUUAUACUAGAGUCGAUAAACUUCUAGAAAUAAACAUGUUUUGUAUGGAAUUUCUUUGCUCCUAUAUUGAUAGUGUGAAAAGUCUUAUUGAAAGAAACAAUAAUUAUUAUCAUAAGUGUAUGAAAGUGAUAUAGACCGAGAAUCUAUGAAAGUAUAUAAUUGUUAUAUAAACAUUUUUUCAUAACAAUAUCUUCAAAUAGUGUGUUAGAAACAAAUUGCAUUUUACAGAAUAUGAUAUACUAAAUGAUAUCAAUUUUUGUUUAAUCAUUCAAAAACUCUUCUAAUUCUACGAUAAUCAAACAUUAGUGGUGCGUGUAAAAAAUGUUUAAUGAUUAGUGAUUUCUAUUUUUCCCGGUCAAACUAUCUAUCCAAACGAUACAUGUGGACGUUUAUGGGCGCAAUUAUUAUUAGGGUGUCGAAGGAUUAUUGUUGUCUAAGAAAGUUAUUCUGAGAAGUAUAAUAGAAAGCAAUCGUAUCAAAGAUGAUCAAUAAAAAAAGAAGAAGCAAUGGUUUAUGUAAAUUGAGAAAGAGAGAAUUAUAAUCUAGAAAGCUAUUCUUCGAUCAUUGCGCAUCCUGAAUAAUAUUCAAAUGUAAGUAAUUUUAAGUAAAAUAUUCUAUUUUUAUUACAUAUAAUGUUAUUAAUUUAUAUAAUAUGAAUUUAUUAUAAAAUAAGUAUGGAAAAAGACUUAAAAAAUAAUGAAUAUAAUAUAAUAAGGGAAUUGAAAUUUUCAAAAUCUGCUAUUAUGGUUUUUGUCGGUUAUUCUCUUAUCUCAAAAUAUGAUAAAAUUCAAAAGAAAAGUCUAUAAACAGAAAAAUGAAAAUA